AUGGACAAGGAAAUGUGCUUUUUGUGCAACUUGACGGCCAUCUUCGCGUUUGGAAGCUGCGGUGGUUAUUCCGGGACAAACGUCAUCUCUCUCUUCUGUGGAAAUGGGACGAACGAGACGCUCUCCGCUGCCUUCAGCUACCCCUUCAGGUUAAGCGAGGUUUCACUGGUCGAGUCAAACCUGACUUUCUGCAACCACACGGCUGGCCCCACCCACCUGGUGGGAGACUCCGCCUCCUCGGCAGAGUUCUUUGUGGGCGUGGGCGUGGUCUGCUUCCUGUACUCCAUGGUGGCACUGCUCGUGUAUCUGGGCUACAUGCACGUGUACAAGGACUCCGACUUCGGGCCCAUCAUUGACUUCCUGCUGACGGCGGCGCUGGCCUUCCUCUGGCUGGUGAGCUCGUCGGCGUGGGCCAGGGGGCUGCAGACCGUGAAGCACGCCACCGGGGACGCGGGCAUCGCCGCCACGCUGGGUGUCUGCGCGCAGGGCGACGUCACCUGCCGGGUCACGGAGUUCGCCAGCCUGCGGUCCCUGAACGUCUCCGCGGUGUUUGGCUUCCUGAACCUUUGUGUGUGGGCGGGCAACGCCUGGUUCGUGUACAAAGAGACCCGCUGGCACGCACAGAAACACGGGGGCCAGGCGGUCCCCCAAAGGACCCAGGUCCCCGCAGCCAUAUGAACACACACGCACGCACACACACAUCAGAUAAACAUAUGUAAACACACACAGGGUGACUGAACGCAGUUGCCCACAAAAGCCGUAAGCGCAAAUAUAAACAAAGAACACGCACACACACACACACACACACACACACACACACAGUGCCUUUUGAAGAUGAAGAGUUAAUACUGCCAGUUAGUAAAGAAAAAAGGAAAUAUAUAUUGGUGCUAUCAUCCACAUUGUACAAAACGAUCUCACACACACAUACACACAUGCACGCACACCUGCACGCAUACAUACAUACAUA